AAAACUUCAACUAAUAAAAACUGAAAUAAGAGAGAGAGUUUAAUACACCAAACUUUAAAAAAAAAUCAGUUUAUAUUUUCCAUGAUUAUAUAAUAACACUUUUACAAAACUAAUAUGCAUACACAUAUAAUAGACAAUAUAAAUUUUAUUUUUAUCCUAAGGAAUAUAAAUAGUAUGUUAACUAAAAACAAUAAUUUCUUCAUCAGCGACAAUAAAUGGCAUGAAAUAAACCAGCACACAUUACUAUAUAAACCGACUCAUCCAACAAGUCCAAAGACACAUAACAAUCUGAAACACAAAACUCCAAAAGAAAAAAAAAUGUCUUCAACUUCAACACUUUUAAUCAAAACAGCCUUCGUUGUACUCAUCUUUGUCUCGUUCACAAUUUCUCCAGCAACUUCAACGGUGCCUGAAGAAUGCGCAAGCGAGUCAGCGAACCCGUGCGUCAACAAAUCUAAAGCUUUGACUCUCAAAAUCAUAGCUAUCGCCACAAUCCUAGUCGCUAGCAUGAUUGGGGUGGGCGCUCCUCUCUUUAGCCGUUCGGUGCCGUUCCUCCGACCCGACGGUGACAUUUUCACAGUUGUCAAGUGCUUCGCCUCCGGGAUCAUCCUCGGAACCGGUUUUAUGCACGUGUUGCCUGAUUCUUUCGACAUGUUGUCAUCACAAUGUCUUGAAGAGAACCCGUGGCACAAGUUUCCCUUCACGGGGUUUCUCGCUAUGCUGUCUGGUCUAAUCACUCUAGCCAUCGAUUCCAUGGCUACGAGCCUCUAUACUAGCAAGAACGCCGUUGGGAUCAUACCCCAUGGUCAUGGUCACGGCCCGGCAAAUAAUGUUACCUUACCAACAAAAGAUGAUGAUUCCACGAAUGCACAACUCUUGCGAUACCGAGUCAUUGCUAUGGUCUUGGAGCUUGGAAUCAUAGUUCACUCUGUGGUCAUUGGACUGUCUCUAGGAGCAAUUAAUGAUACUUGCACCGUAAAAGGACUCAUCGCAGCUCUUUGCUUCCAUCAAAUGUUUGAAGGCAUGGGACUUGGAGGUUGCAUUCUCCAGGCUGAGUAUACGAACUUGAAAAAGUUUGUUAUGGCGUUCUUUUUCGCGGUGACAACUCCAUUCGGUAUAGCGUUAGGAAUCGCUCUAUCAACAGUUUACAGAGAAAACAAUCCCAAUGCUUUGAUAACUGUUUGACUUCUCAAUGCAUGCUCGGCCGGAUUGCUCAUCUACAUGGCACUCGUUGACCUUCUAGCUGCAGAGUUCAUGGGGCCAAAGCUUCAAGGCAGCAUCAAAAUGCAGUUCAAAUGUUUAGCUGCGGCUCUUCUCGGGUGUGGUGGAAUGUCGAUUCUCGCCAAAUGGGCCUAACUAAUGCUGCGGCAUGUGGAUUUCCUUAUCGAACUGAAGAACCGUUUUUAGGUUUAAGUCUUGAUCCUCUAUCGGUUUUGUUUCCUUGUAAUUCACUUACGUGGUACUAUCUAUCACAUUUGUAAGAAUAUGUCUUCUGGUAGAUAUGUGUAAUUCGUCCCACGAGUCUAUAGUCUUUUUCAAUGCGUUUUUCCUUCAAUGUCUCUUUUUCAAUGUUCUUUCUAUAUUCUUGGUGUUAGCUCUUGGCGUGUACCCAACUGUUUGUUACAAAACCAGACAUAUUAUAUAUAGUAUUUAGAUAACCAAACUGUUAGGUUACAUGCACGAGAAAGACAGUGUUUCCAAUGUAAGUAUGUAAGAGCAACAUUAUUGGUUUUGUCCCAAACCAAGUCCUUAACAUAUUUAAUGAAUAUAUUAUAGUUUAGGACAAAUAUAAGGACUUUUGAAAUUUAGAAGAUUAUUGGUAGGACUUAUUGAGUCUUUAGUUUUUUUAACUGUUUUUUUUUAAUAAUUAAUGACAUAUACAAGUUAAGUCUUAAAUAAAACAUAUAAGUGAGAGAUCGUCGUGAUUGAGCGGUCUGAGCGGUCAGUAACUCGUCUAUCGCCUACAAACAGAAAGACAGCUUUGAAAUCGUUGUAACAGAAACAAAUCACCAAGUUUUGGGAGAUAGAUCGGCUUUUAAAACGCAUAACGGAGGACACGAGAGAUGAACAAAUACCUGCUGUUAGAUUUGCUGUGAGAUAGAUUCGAUUUGCUGGAGAUGCUUUAGAUUCGAUUCGCCGGAGAACGGUGUCGAUUGAUCGAACACGAAGCUGUGUCGACGAAAUCGCAGUCGAGACAAAGAGGAACGGAGAAAAGGAAACCUAAUUUCUCGACACCAAAAACACGAAGGUUGGCUUUGUUUUCGGUAAAGGCUUAACGUGAUGACACAUGCCUCAUAAGGACGCUCCCCAAAACUUUUUAUUUAACCCACGUCUCUUUUAUUUUUGUUUUUUUUUAUUUAUUUUUCAACAUAAAAACUUUAAGGACCAACGUUAUAUACGCCGAUAAUGUUGGUCUAAGAGCAUCUCCAACCCCACUCCAUAUUUUACUCCAAAAUUGAGAAAAUGGAGUGGAAAAUAGAGUGAUGAACAAAAAAUAAAAGCAUUACUCUAUAAAUGGAGUAAUCUUUUUAUUUUUUGUUCAUUACUCCAUUUCCCACUCCAUUUUCUCAAUUUUGGAGUAAAAUAUGAAGUGGGGUUGGAGAUGCCCUAACGUACCAUUUCUAAGUAACUAGUCCUCACAGAGACCAGUUUCAUUUUGGUCACAAUUUAUUCAAUGUAACGUACCAUUUUAAUCUAAACUAUAACAUAUUUUUAUUACCCAAACUGAAAUUUAUUAUUACUAUAUAUUUUUGCUAUAUUUUUUUUUUGAAACUAGGGCUUUCAAUUUUUUUUUGCUAUAUUUGCCAUUAACAUGGCUUCAGAAGACAAGUUAAAAAUGAUGGCAAAAACGCUUAGAUAUGAAAAGGCUUUAAAAUGGGAAGACAACUUCAAAGCUGUGAGAUUGAUUCUUUCAUAUCCAAAAGAGUCACUACUACAUGCAAAGUUUAAUCGGAAAAGUAUAGUACAAUUUCACUUCUUUUAUAGUAUUAUUUUUUCUUGAAUCCUUAUAGAUAUACAUUGCGUUUUAUGAAAUUAACUUGUCUUUUACGUUCAAAUUAAAUAAAGAUAUUUUCAGAUGUUAAAAUAAGUAAAUGAUUCAUCACUGGUACUUUGAGUUACUGGUUUUGUAUAUCGAAUUAGUUUCAUUGUGCCAUUAGUUUGAUUUCCAUUGAGAAUGAUGGUUUACGUUAUGUCUAGGUAUUACCAGUAGUCCACCCAAGUUUAAAAAAUAUUUAGUUUGAAUGUCCAACAAAUCCUGGUUAACAAAGAAAAAGUAAAUAAUGACUUUUUUUUAGCAACAGAAAUGGUACUAUUGUUUUUUGUUCGCACUCAUCGUAACUCGUGUAGUCAAACGUCGUAUUCAUAGUUACAAGGGACCCUAGUUUUAAUGAGAAUUGAUAUAGCUAACAUCCAAUUUUUAUAGGGUUUUCGUCGUCUAUAUGUUCUUCACAUGAUAUGAACCGAAUUUGAAAUAUUUACCACACCGACACGACUAUAAUGCUAUGUACCGCAAUGUGGCUAAAGCAAUUGAACUCGAACGUAUUUGUUUUUUCACUAUUUUUAUAAUUCCGUUAGAGAAAUAUUCUUCUUAUUUUAAUUACUACUACUAUCUUAUAGGGAUGAGAAGGAAUCGCACGUAAGCCGUAAAGGUAUUUCUAUUUUCAAAGCCUUCGCCUUCACGAAGUUCGAGUAUCACGUAAAGUGGUAUAUCUUGAAAUAUAAAACACAGUGCCAAACUGCAAACGAGAUGAUUCAAGAUUUAGAAAUCUAUUUAAGAUAGAUAUGAGGUAAUGAGAUGUUGUGAUAUAGUGGUAUUAUAGAUAAAUGAAAAUCUAUCCAAUACUCCAUUUAACAUAGUGGCUAAUCUCGAAAGAGAAACUUGUGCCACGCUCAUUUUUGUCUAUCUGAACGCUUUUCAGCAGACCAUAUACCAUAGCGACUAAUCCCAUUCAGGCUGAAUGACUCCAUGGCUACCGAGAAGUAAUUUCAUGAUCGUUCUGGAACAAAAACUAAACGCAUUUUAGGUUCAACUCUUAAUACUCGUACUCCCUUACAAACAACAAAAAAAACUAGUUGCGUGGUAUUAGUGCUUACUCUUUUCUUGUCUUUUCUAUAAUGGAGCUGUCAUUGAGUUUAUGUAAACGGAUCUGUCACAUUAUAUUGAACAUGUCGUCUUUUGGUAGUUUUGUAAUGAGAUUGGUCCCACGAGGUAUAGUCCUAUUUUCCUUUCUUUUCUCAAGGUAGUCUUGUCGUGUGAUUGUUAUGCAUUGGGUAACAAAAAAUACAUAGUAUGCAUCUCUAAAUCAAUUAAUUACUUUCAUUUUAUUUUUGUUAGAGAUUAUCAGGUUGAAUAAAAAAGAAAAGAAAAUAUAAUUGUUGAUGUGAAAAAUUGUUUGCUUGCUUCGCAUAAGAAUCAAUAUUUUAUGUUAACCAGGUUCUGCUGGCUAAUAACUAAAACAUGGAUACAUAUUGAACAGCCCAAAUUAUAAUUUGUCCCAUUAACAGAAUAUGAAUUUUUUUUGUGUGUUAUAUUUGACAUUAUCACUAUUUCUCUUAAAAUAUAAAGAUUUUUUUUAAUUUUGAAUAUACUAAUCGGAUGAUUAAUUUAUUAGAUACAAUCAAUAUGCCCAUAAUUUUUUUUUGUCUUCGUUUUCACAUGAUAAUUAUCUCAAAAUUCGAGGUGGUUACAAUCCAAAUAUAUAUAUAUAUAUAUAUAUAUAUAUCAAAUAUAUAUAUAGUAUACAUAUAUAUCAUAUAAACUAGUGAAUUUGCAUCGUAUAAACAAAUUUAAACGACUAUUUAGAUAUAUAUAUCUAAAGUGUAAUUGUCAUUUACGUAUUAAUUUUGGACUUUUUUACUCCUACUCUUAGCUAAUCAAAUCGCUUAAGGCAACGUUCCAGAAACAACAACAGAAGGAUUGAGAGGUAGAUCCGCAUUGUAAAUAGAUAAUGUUUUAGUGAGUUUUUUAUGAGUUACAAAAAAAAAAAAGAGUUUUUUAUGUUUUAAAAUAGAUGGUUUUUAUAUAUCAAUGUACUUAUUAACUUUAUCAAAAAUUGUAUAACUAAUGAUAUUUUGUAGUUUAUUUUGUGAUUGGUUGAAUAAUUUUUAAUUUAUAUUUUAAUUAUAUUUUUAAAAUAAAAAAUAUGUUUUUGUAAUAGUUGUGCACAAUCCUAAAUUUUAUGUAUUUUGAAAUAGAAGGAAUAAAAAAAUUUAAAAACUGUCUCUUAAUCGAAGUCAAGAAUCUCAAUUAAAAAAUUGAAGUUAACGAUGGUCUAAGUUAAUUCCGUCAGCUCUUUUUUUACUGCAACUCAUUUGGUUAAGUACUGUACGAACCCUCUCAGAGUCGUACCAUUUUCAUUUUGGCCACUAUUUAUGUACGUGCCAUUAACUCCUAUCCAUAUUUAUAUAAUACAGAAAAUAUUAUAAUAGAAGGAGAAACUUUGAAAUAAAUGAUUGGAGUAACGUUUCUUGGACGCAAUCAUCGUAAUUCGUGAAUUUACAGAUCGUAUUCAUCGUUCUUAUUUGGUUACUAUAUUAUAUAUAUUUUCUCUUCGGUCAACAAUUUGGUUUAUAUAAUGUAUAUACUUAAAUAUAUAAUUUAAAAUCCAUUUGAGUGGGUUUUUUUUCGUUGUCUAUACAUGCACUGCACAUGAUAUGAAUCAUAUGAUCCGAAUUUGAAAUAUUUAUUACACGACAACUAUAAUGACUAAUGAACUGAAAAUGUCGUUGAGGCAUUCGAAUUCAGACACUUUCUUUUUUGAUGAUUUAUUUUAUUUUCGAUAGCGAAGUAUGAUUCUUCUUGUUUUAUAUGGUUCGUGGGGUUGGAAAGAUAAAAGAUACCGCCAACUUGCAAUAGUAUAUAUAUAUAGACAAUUUUUAUAAUUUUUCAAUUUGUGUCGCAUUCUGCAAAUCUAUCAAAAUGAAAUUAAUUAGAUAACUCAAACUCAUGUAAUUGACUUUGAUUAUUUUUUUUUGUCAACAAUUUACUUUGAUAGUAAGAUGAAUUUGCGAGAUAUCUAAGUUAAAUAAAUUAAUUAGGUGCAAAUCAAUGAUUUUGACGUAAUUAACAAACAAAUAAAUGUGUUUUUUUCAUCCGAUUAUAAUCCUCUCAAAAAAGGUUUUUAGAUAAUGGGUAAAUUAUAAUUUGUUUGAUGGAUAUAGGAUGCAAUUUCUUUGAUAAUAUUUCUUUCUUUCUAUUCAUUUGCAUGGGAUAUUUUCUUAUAAACUGAUUACAAAAAAAAUAUUCCAAUUUUGCUUACAAAAAUAAGAUAAUUAUUUGACUAAAUGAAAAUUUUCCUAUAAACUGAUUACAAGAAAAAAAAUAUUCAAAUCUUACUUACAGAAAAAUAUUCCAAUCUUACUUACAAAAAUAAAAUAAUUAUUCAGCAACUUUUAUCCAUGGAUUCGCUCACAAAAAAAUGAAUAGAAAGAUUGGAAUAUUUUUGUAAAUAAAAUAUAGUUAACAAAAGAAUCUAACUUACAAAAAUAAAAUAACUAUUUGGCUAAACGAAAAUUAUAUUUUUCGAUCUUAAUCCUUAACUAAAAGUUAUAAGAAAAAAAAAACAAAAUA